AUGCCCUGCAUGUACCCGCUUGACUCCUCCAGGCACCUUCACGCGGUACGCGGUCUUACACAGCGAACAUGGCUUCCGUGUUCACUGAACUUUACUCGGAGUUACAUCAGCAAAAAUCUCAAAAUUCUUGGACCCUCAAAGUUCUUGGACCCUCAACAUUCUUGGACCUUCAAAGUUCUUAGACCUUCAAAGUUCUUGGACCCUCAAAAUUCUUGGACCCUCAAAGUUCUUGACCCUCAAAACCCUCAAAAUUCUAGACCCUCAAAAUUCUUGGAGCCUCAAAGUUCUUGGAGCCUCAAAAUUCUUGGAGCCUCAAAGUUCUUGGAGCCUCAAAGUUCUUGGAGCCUCAAAAUUCUUGGAGCCUCAAAAUUCUUGGAGCCUCAAAAUUCUUGGAGCCUCAAAAUUCUUAGAGCCUCAAAAUUCUUGGAGCCUCAAAAUUCUUGGACCUUCAAAGUUCUUGGACCCUCAAAGUUCUUGACCCUCAAAAUUCUAGACCCUCAAAAUUCUAGACCCUCAAAAUUCUUGGAGCCUCAAAAUUCUUGGACCCUCAAAAUCUUGGACCCUCAAAAUUCUUGGACCCUCAAAAUCUUGGACCCUCAAAAUUCUUGGACCCUCAAAAUUCUUGGACCCUCAAAAUUCUUGGACCCUCAAAAUUCUUGGACCCUCAAAAUUCUUGGACCCUCAAAAUUCUUGGACCCUCAAAAUUCUUGGACCCUCAAAAUUCUUGGACCCUCAAAAUUCUUGGACCCUCAAAAUUCUUGA